UCGUGCAGAGCGUUCUCAGCCCACAGCAGAGUGCUUCGGAGCUCGAAGUGGUACGGAUGCCGUCGAAGAUCGUACUCCGGACGCCCACCACAGAAAAUGCGAAGAAGGUCGUGGCUGGGGCCCUUAAAAUAUGGAGACAGAUCGCGAUGGUCCUGGUUCCUCUUCUCCUGCUGCCUUUGAUUUUCCUCGAAGAUGCUCAGAAGGCUCGUUGCGCCUACGUGGUGGCUGUUGUGGGGUUCUACUGGAUCACGGAGCCCAUUCCACUGGGAGCUACGUCGUUGAUACCCAUCGUACUAUUCCCGAUGCUCGGAGUCCUUACAACGGAGCAGACGUGUGUGCUCUACAUGAAUGAAACAAAUAUCAUGUUUGUCGGAACUCUAAUAAUGGCUAUCGCCAUUGAACAUUCUCACCUGCAUCAAAGAAUAGCCCUCAAGACACUUUGCCUGCUGGGCACUGGCAUCAAAAUGCUCGUGUUUGGCAUCAUGUUCAUCUCCAUGUUCCUCUCCAUAUGGAUCAACAAUGUGGCAAUCACCGCAAUGAUGAUGCCGGUAAUCAACUCGCUCUCACACGAGCUGCUGCAGGAAAGACGCAGAAGCCUGUCGAGAGGCAACAUCGAUGUCGAGGGCAUAGCAGCACUCAGGGAACGAGCCGAGAAAGCUGCUGCCGCCAAUGGAAACAUCAAACUGGUACCACGCGAUCACGUUGAUGAAGAAGAGCCCAACGUGGUUAUUCCGAUUAAGUCGAAGAAGGAGUAUUCGCAGAUCGACAGGGCAACCGAACAUCGAGUUCGCGUGCUUCUGUACCUGAGCGUUCUGUACGGUGCCAACAUUGGGACCAUCACGACCAUCACCAGUGGAGCUUCCAACGUGGUCUUCAAGUUCGUCAUUGAAGACCUGUACAAGGAACGAGCACCAGUUGACUACGCACUGUGGAUGUUCUUUGCCCUGCCAAUCGCCCUGAUUGGAACUGUCCUAGUAUUUAUAAUCGUGGUGCCGGUAUUCUUCUCUUGCAAGAGCCCAAACCUCGGGAAAGAUAGCAGUAACUACGCAAUGGCAGCAAUUCGUCGCAACUACAUGGCACUCGGACCAAUCAGAUUCCACGAAGUGGCAGUUCUGCUACUUUUCAUAUUGCUGGUCUUUCUCUGGCUCUUCCGCGACCCUAUGUUUGCCAGGGGAUGGGCGACGUACUUCGGAGUCAUAAAGCCAAAGGACGCCACUGCAGUGAUGAUACCGGUUAUUCUGCUGUUUAUGAUUCCUUCGAGGCCUCGGGAGGGCUUCAGAGGCCCAGUCCUGUUGACAUGGAAAAUGGUCCAGGCCAAGCUGCAGUGGAGCGUCAUCCUUCUCAUAGGCAGCGGCUUCGCCAUUGCUGAAGCCAUGCGCGUGUCGGGCCUGUCAGAGCAGCUUGGACUGAAACUCGCGGAACUGGGCCACUUGUCUCCCGGACCACUCAUGAUUUGCCUUAGCAUCAUCUGCUCCUUCAUGUCCGAACUCAUCAGCAACUGCGGAACGUGCACCGUCCUUUUGCCCGUCUUCGCUGUGCUGGCAGAGGACUUGAACCUGAACCCCUUGCUGUUCAUGAUUCCGACGACGAUUGCAAGCAACUACGCCUUCAUGCUGCCAGUGGGGACGCCGGCAAACGCCAUGGUUUACGAACACGGUCGGCUCACAAUAAUGGAGAUGGUUGUUCCUGGACUUUUGGCAAAGGUCAUCACCAUGGUUGUAACGGUGGUGGUGACGUACGUACUGGGAGACCCGAUCUUCGGCAUGUUUCAAGAAGCCGACUGGUUAUCCGCUAUAACCACCACAGGAGACGCCAACGCUACCCUCGUUCCUCUGCAACCCUAGCUUUUUUUUUUUUUUACGAUGCCGUACGUCGUGAAUGCCUGUAAGAUUAUGCCUUCGAAAAAUGGUGUGCCCGUCUCACACAUUCCACAUGACGGCGUAGUUACGUAGUGUGAACAAAACCUGAAUAGACUGUCGGCCACAGUGAUCACGUCAGAAACAAGGCACAUCGCAUCGCUUAGUUUCUCCCAAGACCAUCAUUUUUUAAUGUCCAAGUUCAGGGAAAGAAUACGGGUAAAAGGAAGGCCGGGAGGUUAACGAGGGCUGAACCAGGUAGCUCACUCGGCCCUGUUGAAGUGGAAGGAAGAAGUUAAGUUAGAGAGAAGGAGAGGAAGGUCACGGUUGGAGCCGAUGUAGCGAUUCCGCGUCGGAUACGGUAAAUCAGCCCGGUAACCUUAAGAAAACACAGCAGCGUUUUCGUUAGCUUUCGAAACUCUGAUCGUCAAUCCUGUGGUCUCAAUGUUUCUUGGACAGGGAAGGAAUAUCCGUCCAGGUGAUUUGGAUGAGUGCGGAGGUGAAGCCUCUCAUCUGCGUAAGUCGGCCAGUAUCACAAGUGCUCGAAAGCUUCUCGCACCUCUCAGAGUCGUCAAAUUCGGCGUCGUGGCCUGAAGUAACUCACAUAGCACAAUUAUGCUCUCUGUCUUUUCUUAAUACGGACUUUGAUCCUCAAGCAAUCGACAAAAUCCUCUCGCAAAGCGAGUUUUACUAUCAAAAGGUAGUAACUCAGUUUUGCGCCACUUGCAGAAGGGCCGCUCUUGACGUGGUUGAAUAAAUAUUGACGCAAACAAAAUGUCACGUUCACAAC